CAAAAUAUUCCCCAUAAAGAAGCUUUAAAAUGGCAACAGGAAAAAAAGACAAUCAUCAUGUCAAUACUGACUUCAAUGCAUAAUAAAUCUAAAAACGAAGAGCACAACGAACACAAAUUUGAUCAUUUGUAAAUGAACAACCAUUAAAAGAAAGAAAUAAAAAGCGAAAUAUAUACAAUGAUUGUGAUAACAUUAUUGCUUUUAAUGUUUUGCUCAUUCAUACUAAACAACUAUACAGUAUGGACAGUUGAAAGUAAAUGUCACUAUCCAGAUUUCAUACAACAUUCACCUGAUUCAAUAUGGAUGACAAAUUAUGGUCUGAUCAAUGCAUCAUAUCAAGACUUCCAAUCCAGUUUUCAUAAUAAUAAUAAUAAGAGGAAGAAUAACAAGAAAAAUGAAAAGAUGCUUCUAUCCCACUUACUGAAGUUACCUGAAGAACUCUACAAUGACAAACUGAACUUACAGAGUUUACAGUAUGGUUGGUUACAAAUGGCAUUUACAAAAGACUCACAGCAUGCUUGGCUUUUCUUUUCAUGUUAUCACAUUCUAUACGCUAAAGAUUUAAUUUAUUUCACUACUUUGAAUGAUUUGUUUUCGGAGGUUUGUAAUACACAAGGAUAUAAAACAUACAAAAAUGCUACUCAUAGUGGUAGUAGUAGUAGUAGUGUUCAUGAGGAAAGUAGCAAAAAAUAUGCAAGAGAUAGUUAUACCUACUGGUUCGAUACGACUACUUACAGCAGCAGUGUUAGUAGUACUAGUACUAACAGCCCCGGCACUGUUGGCCAGAAUAGUUUGAAUUCAACGAAUAAUUAUGAGAAUGACAACUCUUCAAAUAAUGAAUAUCCACCAGCUGUCGGUUAUCUUACAAUGUCAUGUUCAUGGCAAUUUGAUAAAAAUCUUUAUCUGGUACAGUAUACAAAUUUUAUACAAAGAUCAGUAUAUCAGUGCGUUAAAUUUGAAGCCAUGAAUGAAUAUGAUUCAGCAACUGUCUUCAAUUUAUUUUUCAGCAAAUUUGUAUCUUCAACACCUGACGCAGACUUGUGUCAUCCAGAAGCGUUUAUUACAAAACCAACAAAAUGGGUUGCAGUUCUGCCAUUAAAUUCUGGGCCAGGCACAAAAGCGUGUCCAAUUUCAGGUGGAUUUCAAAUUAGUCAGACAGUGGAUUUAACGACUGAUAAAGUGCUUUGUGAAUCGGAAAUUUACGGAGUUAUGGAAAGUGAAUGCAUAUCUGGCGAAGGCAUUACAUUGAAAUUUCCACAGUCCGAUUGUAAUCCAUUUUUUCAAAGUGAUAAAGCUGAAUUUCAAUGUCAUUCAACUUGGAAAAAGAAUAAUCUGAAUUAUAUUCUCAUGUAUCAACAAAUAAAUCAAUUCAACUACGAUUUUUAUCAGCUGGUUUAUAUGCAAUUGCCGGCAGAACUGUCAGCAGAAUCAGCAACUUAUGGACAAUUUUCACCAAUAUGGAUUAUCCAUGGGUUACAAUCAGAUAAAACUAUUGAAGAGAUAAUAAUUAAUCGCAUUUAUCUAUGGAAUUCAUUAGAAUGGUAUAAUUUGAAGUCAAGAAGAACCACACUACACAAUUCCAGUGUAAAUAUUUAUGAAAUGGGAAUUCGAAGAGCAUUUGGGAAUUGUGAUGAUGAACGUAUUAGUUGCAAGUAUGGAUGCGAAUACAGUGCUAGAAAUCAAUUAUUCUGUCACCGAAGUUGUUCAGUACCAAGACAGACAUGUGAGUAUCUCUUGCAUGAUUCAUGUAAAUUUCAUUCUAAUUAUCAUGGGAUUUGGGAGUUAAUUGAACCAGUCACUACACAAACAUCAACAAUUCAUAGUAAUUCAAGUAGCCGUUUAACAGCACGUUUCCAUAUCAACAAUAAUAAACUGAUUAUAAAUUCAGUCAAUGAUGUACAACACAGUAUGCAUUUUUAUUGUAUUCGGGAGAUACAAGAAUCACUUAUUGACCGGUAUGUUCUACGAAGUGAUCAUCAAUCCAAUGGAUGUCAUUCAAGAAGUUUAUGCUUGGAAAUCUAUCGUGGUAGUAAAAGCGAAUUUGAAGACUCAUCAAGCAUCAACUCAAUACUUUAUAGAAUGUCAGUCGGUGAAAAGCAUUUGAUAUCAGACACAUGUCAAUUUGAUAAACAGAAAAUGAAAUACAGUAGUAGUAGUACAAUUCAACCACUCAAUGCAAAUAUUUUAAUACGCAAUAUGAAUCAAGAAAGUAACCCUCAUAUACCUACUAAUAUUUCUACAAAAUGUGGUCUAUAUCAGAUAAAACUCACUGGUUUAUUAUACAUUAUGAGUUCAAAGCCAGAACGCUACAACGUUCAGACACAAUCGUUUAUUUCAGUAGACAAAUCAAUUGUCAGUAAUCGUGUAACAGAUCAGAUUUACUCAAAUACACCAACAAAUAUCACUGCAAGAAUAUGGAAUGCAAAUGAGGCUGAAUACAAUGCCAACUUUGAAGGACCAUGUCCAACAGAGAUUAGCGAUUUUAAUUCACACUAUGGAGUGACUGGAGAAUUUGAUAACAUCUUGAGAAUAAGAAAUUAUUGUGCAAUUAAUAAAUAUUCUACAGUUUUUAAAUCAGAUCAUCAGUGCAUUGCUUCUUUCAGUUUAAAUGGAAUUUCAACCACUUCCGUGUCUUAUCUGUUGAUUAUAACAUACCUUAAAAUUACGCAUCAGUACUAUUGCAUGAUUAUCCAAUCUACUACAAAAGAUCAACUGAAAACUUAUACCAUAUUUAUGUAUCAUUCACCUCAAUGUCAAUAUGAAACUACACCAUUUGAAAAUAUCAAACCGGAUGAAACAAAAGCUUUUGCAAAACUUUUAUUAAAACCAAGCAAUGAACGUGACAAAAGUGAUUAUAUAAAAAGGCUAAAUUCACUCCUUAUUAUAUGGAUAACUUACCAUCAUUCACUACAUCAAAUUUAUCAACUGUAAAACAGUAUACAAAUAGAUCUCGGCUUAAAGCUUUGCGAUUUUUAUCAAAACCAAUUCCAAAAAAAACUCGCAGCUUUUAUGUAAUAAACAUGUCAGCACCUUCAUUGUGUUGUUUACACCAUUACAGACUUCUUUUACAGAUAUGUACAUUAUUAU